GGGGAGGUAGAAGAGGAGGCAGGGGACCGAGGGAUGGGGGGUAGAGAGAAGGAGGGAUGGAAGGGAUAAGAAAAGAAGGGAUGAGAGAAGAAGGGAUAGAAGAGGAGGCAGGGACCGGAGGGCUGAAGGCGACGGCGGAGCGGAGGUUUCCAGCAGGCGCCGCAGGAGGCCGAGGCACAGAUGGGCCCAGUCUCUGCCCAGCCCGGAGAGAGGAGCCAGCGGAGGGAACAGGCCAGACCUGCCAGAGGACCUGCACCCAGGACCGCGACUGCUCAGGCCGCAGGCAGUGCCUGUGCGAUGGGGCCUGCGGGCUGAGCUGUGUGACACCCGGCCGGACCUGCCCAUGGCCCGUGCAGAUUGAUAACGCCGAGACGCGUUUGGCCCAGGCUUCCCGUGGCUUCGGGGCCCUCAUGGAGGUGACCUGCCAGCCGGGCUUCAGGCUGUCCAAAGGGGAGGGAGUGGCGCUGAGCCGAUGCCAAGGGGACAGGAAGUGGAGUCUGACGGCACCCUGCGAACGGGAUCUGACCCCGGCAUCCUUCUGCAGCCCCCCGCCAGAGACCGACAAUGGCUUUUACAGUGGCGCCUCCUACAGGGCAGGCGGGGAGGUGCGGUACAAAUGCAAGCGCGGGUACCGGCUGGAGGGCCCAGAGACCAUCCGAUGCCAGGAGAACCAGGAGUGGUCUGGACCUGCCCCGACCUGCCGCCGGCCUGUCCGUGACCCCGUCUCUCCCCCAGCCGUGUUCUGCCCGCCCCCCGGGGACAUCGCUGAGGGCUACCUGGUGGCGGUGGAGAAGCCUCAGUACCGGGCCGGGGAGCUGGUCUAUUACCUCUGCAAGCGCAGCUACCUGCUGGAUGGCACCAACCGGGUCACCUGCCGGGGCAACGGCACCUGGUCGCCCCGGCCCUUCUGCAGAGCGCGCUGCCUGGUGCCGGCCCAGCGGAGCCGUGUGCUCUACCAGGGCCACAAGCUCUGGAUCCACGAGAUCCCACAAGGGCAGGUCCAGCACGGGGAGAUCGUCACCUUCUACUGCCGGAGCCAGAACCAGACGCAGACCCAGACCCAGAGCUGCAGCUACCAGGCCCCCGCGCGCUGCUUCGAUGGCCUGCUGCCCCUGCCGGCCUGCUACGACGAGCCCACGUGGCUGCAGUACCAGUUCUUCCCCAAGCGGGUGGUGUCCGAGAUCCGCCCCUGCUGAGCCCCCCGCGGCCCCCCGACACCCACACACAGCCUGACCAGAUGGACCGCCCACGCGGCGGGGAGGAGCCAGCGGCCAGCAAGGGACCCGUUGACAAUGGUCCCUUCCUGGGAGGACCAAUCGUGUGAAAGUUCCUCAUGCGAGGACCCCAGAGUGCAAAGACUGCUUGUGCAAAGGUGCAGUUGUGUGAGGAGCCCGUCGGGCGAAGACCCCAUUGUGCAAAGAAGCUCCCAUCAUGCAAAGGCCCCAUCAUGCACAGACUGCAAUGCCAGGGCCCCAGCGUGUGAGGUCUCAUCGUGCAAAGGCCCUGUUGUGCAAAGGACCCAUCGUGCGAGAGCCCCAUCGUGCACGGGCUGCAGGGCCAAGGACCCAGCGUGAGAUGGUCCCAUCAUGCGAGGUUCCGUCAUGCAAAGUUCCCGUCAUGAGAGGGCCCAUCGUGCAAAGGUCCCGUUGGUACCAGGGCCCCAUUAUGCUGGGCGUGAAAGAGCUGUGGGGGGUAGGGGCAGUGGUAGGGGGCUUCCUUGUCCCCAUUCAGUGCAUUCCAGCUGGCACGGGGAUCCAGUCCUGGCUUUAGAGCCCAUCUCCGACCCCAAUAGAGAACUGGGGGGGGGAGGGGCUGGCAUGCCAUUCCUGGGGGGAGGAUAGAAAAUCCGGGCAACUCCAUUCCAGCUGGCAGUGGAAUCCAGUGCCGGGUUUUCCCUCCCCUCCCCCACAUGUCCCAGAGGACCAGUCCACGUUGGGGAGCGGGGGCUGGGGAAUCUAGUCGUGUCCAUUCAGCAGCCAGGAUAAUCCAGUGCCAGGUUUUCUCCUCCAUGUGGCCUCAGUGAAAUCCCGGCCUGGAUUUUCACACCUGGAGUGGACUCCGAGCCCAUCUCUGUGGCAGGAGGUGGGGGGCCGCGCCGGGGAGGUCUCUGUUCUUUGGAGGGGGAAGGGGGCGGGCCGGGGGCUGUUUGUUCACUUGUAUUUAUUGGCUGUGAGUUUGCCAUUUUUAGUAGAGAAAUAAAACAAAGCAAGACGCUGAAAUCUCUCCCAGAAUCCUCCGGGGCCUGGAAUGGGGUGGGGAGGGAAAUGCCCCACUAAGGAAUGAUCUUGGGGUUCGCCAGAAGAACUCCCUGCUAUGGGAUAAUAUCAGAGUCACCCAGGGAAUCCCUGCUACAGCAUACCAGGGUUCACUCUGGGGGAAUUCCACAUAUAGGAUAAUAUGAGGGGUCACCUGGGGAACUCCCUGCUACAGGAUAAUAGCACAGGUCACCUUGGGAACUCUCCACUAUGGGAUAUAUCAGGGUACCUGGGGGUACCCCUCUGUUAUCAGGGUUCACCCAGGGAAUCUCCCCCCCCCCAAGGGUAAUAGUUUUCAUUCUCAGGGUCCCCCCAGGAUAAUAUUGGUUCACCCAGGAUCUCCCUGCUAUGGGAUAAUAUUGGGGGGUUCACCAGGGGACCCCUGCCCUGUGGGAUAAUAUUGGGGUUCACUCAGGAGGACCCCUCUGGGCUCAUAACAGGGUUCACCAGGCGAAAUCUCCCUGCUAUGGGAAAAUAUCCGGGUUGAACGCAGGGAAUUACCCCUUGUAAGCUCAUUUUGGGGUUCAGCCAGGGGAACGUUCCCUUGACAGAUAAUUUCAGGGUUCAGCUGGGAAGCUCCCUGCUCCAAGGGGUCCCCCUUUUCCCUCCUCCCCAGUGCUUCUGCCACCACAUCCCAAAAUCCCUCUCCCAGCAAUCCCACAUGGGGGGGGGAAUUCUCCAGGGCUGGGUGGUGGUGUUGUGGGGGCUCACAUGUCCCCUUCUCCCAGGCAGGCGGCUUCCUGGAAUAGGGCCUGGGCAGCGUCCAAUGCAGGCAGCCAGGGAACAAAAGGCCAAAGACCUGAUACUAUUCACGCACAAACAGAGCAGGGGCACGGAGGUGAAGGACUCUGGGGAGGGGGGGGACAAGGAUGGAGGGGAUCAGUGUGUCCAUCCCUGUCACACCCCAGACCACAGCCGCUUGCCUCCCCCAACCCCAGGAGCGGCGACCCCUGCUGUUAAACCCGGGACAUGUCUUUAGCCUGCGGAACUGACCGCCACAUGAGCACCAUGGGCUCAGGGGCAGCGGAACCUCCUGGGCCCAGCGUGAGGUCAGGAAGGGGUGUGGGGGUUCCCUCUUCCCCCAGACGCAUUAAGUGCGGGGGAGUAGGGGGCUGGAGGAGUCUUUCCUUAUGGGGAGUUAUGCCUCCAUUGCCCAUGUGGGGCAUUUGGGAUCUUCCUCCUUUCACUUUGAUACAGCUACAGCUGACCACUAUCUGAGACCGAGGUAGAUGGGCCCAUGCCUCUGGUC